ACAGGGUGAAACGACAUUUUACUUUUGUUUUAGGUAAAAGAUGCAACAGCCGCCUUGAUCGUGGUAAUGUUUUUGUUCAUUCUUCCUGCCAAACCGGAUUUCAUCUACAUAUUUAGUAAACAUGAAUCGAAAAGGCCAAAAGCUCCCUCUCCUCCCCUGAUAACGUGGAAAGUAGUGCAACAGAAAUUACCGUGGGGUCUGAUUUUCCUUCUUGGAGGUGGUUUUGCCCUCGCUGAGGGUUCCAAAGCAAGUCACAUGAGCGAAUUAAUCGCGCUAAAGCUUGGAGGUCUCGCUCAACUACCACCGUUCGCGGUUUUAGCCAUUUCUUGUUUAUUUGCCUCAUUUUUAACAGAAUUCUCUAGUAAUGUGGCUGUGGCCAACGUUAUUUUACCCGUUUUGGCCGAAAUGUCGAAGAAUGCCAAGUGGCAUCCGCUUUAUUUAAUGAUGCCGGCAGCUCUAAGUUGUAGUCAUGCCUUCUGUUUACCUGUGGGCACUCCCCCAAAUGCAAUCGCUGCUGCUCCUUGUAAUAUGCCCACUAAAGAAAUGGUUAAAGCUGGUAUUGGGGUGUCUAUUAUUGCACUUGUUGUACUUUUUAUUAUGUUCCCCACCCUGGGAGCUGUUAUUUAUUCUCUUAACGAAUUCCCCGAAUGGGCAAUGAAUUAAUAAUCAGGUUCUUGUACCUGGCAAAGUAAAUUUGGUGCUCAAAAGAAUGAACCGACGAAGAAUUAAUAGUAUUAGAUUUAAUCGAUGGUUGAAUAGUUUUGUUAACAAUUUAUUUUUGGAUACAUAACAUGUAAUAACGUUGGCACUCAAUACUUGUUCAUUUUUUAAAUUGUUAGAAGAAGCCUUAGUUUAAUUGUACCCUAAUGGAAUUUUAGUCAACGGACAAAGUAUCGCCAAGACAAUACUGCAUGUCAAACACUGCUAUAAUAGUACAGGAUAUUGCUUUUACUACUUCAGGAACUCAAUUUGUAAAUAUUUAUUUUUUUAAUGGGAUAUUUCUAAUCUGACUAUGGAAGACUGAAUAAAAUAAUUUUAAUAACACUCGA